GGGUAGUCGAAGCUGGUGUCGCUGUCAGUGCGCGGAGUCACACGGUCUGUCUGCCUGGCAUUGUUGGGUACCGCCGCUCAUGAUUUGGAGCUUUUACUGAAAUUGAUGAAUACCCCCUGCAUGCUUAUCGCAUGGAUUGAAAGUCACGAUCCUGAUGUGAAAGAGGGGAAGAUCCAGAACAGAGCCGCUUUCUUGCAUCCUGUCAGCCGUACAACUCCUGACAAUAUCCAUUUCAAGUGUCACCGAAAAACGGUCAGAAGACUUGAGCCAUGCCCUGCGUUCAGGCUCAGUAUGGAUCAUCACCUCAAGGAGCUAGUCCUGCUUCCCAGAGCUACAGCUACCACACCGCAGGAGAAUACAGCUGCGACUUCUUAACACCUGAGUUUGUUAAGUUUAGCAUGGACUUGACCAACACUGAAAUCACAGCUACUACUUCUCUCCCAAGUUUCAGUACAUUCAUGGACAACUAUAACACUAGUUACGACGUUAAACCGCCCUGUCUGUAUCAGAUGCCCCACUCUGGAGAGCAGUCCUCUAUCAAGGUAGAGGACGUCCAGAUGCACAACUACCAUCAGCAGAGCCACCUGCCACCUCAGUCGGAGGAAAUGAUGGCUCAUUCUGGGCCUAUGUACUUCAAACCCUCCUCGCCCCAUGCCCCGAGUACACCAAACUUCCAGGUUCAGCCUAAUCAUAUGUGGGAGGACCCUGGCUCCCUCCACAGUUUCCACCAGAACUAUGUUGCGGCCACGUCUCAUAUGAUGGACCAGCGCAAGAAUCCGGUGUCAAGGCUGUCGCUCUUCUCCUUCAAGCAGUCCCCGCCCGGUACUCCUGUUUCCAGCUGUCAGAUGCGGUUCGACGGGCCGCUGCACGUCUCCAUGAACCACGACAACCCGGGCGUGCACCGCGGCCUGGACGGCCAGAGCUUUGCGGUGCCCAUACGGAAACAGGCGGGUCUGGCCUUUCCUCACUCCCUGCAGCUCGGCCACGGGCACCAACUGGUGGACAGCCAAGUGCCAUCGCCCCCGUCCCGAGGAUCUCCGUCAAACGAGGGUCUGUGUGCAGUAUGUGGGGACAACGCAGCCUGCCAGCAUUAUGGAGUGAGAACCUGCGAGGGCUGCAAAGGAUUUUUCAAGCGCACCGUUCAGAAAAAUGCAAAGUACGUGUGUUUAGCAAAUAAAAACUGCCCUGUCGACAAACGCCGAAGAAAUCGUUGCCAGUUCUGCCGUUUCCAAAAGUGCAUUGUCGUCGGAAUGGUGAGAGAAGUUGUCCGAACGGAUAAUCUAAAAGGUCGGAGAGGACGCCUACCAUCCAAACCCAAAAGUCCACAGGAGCCCUCCCCACCCUCACCGCCGGUUAGCCUCAUAAGCGCACUUGUUCGGACCCAUGUGGACUCCAACCCCUCCAUGUCCGCUUUGGACUACUCCAGAUUCCAGGCCAACCCUGACUACCAAAUGACUGGAGACAACACUCAGCACAUCCAGCAGUUCUAUGAUCUCCUGACGGGCUCCAUGGAGAUCAUCCGGGGCUGGGCAGAGAAGAUCCCCGGCUUUUCAGACCUAUCGAAGCAAGAUCAAGAUCUCCUCUUUGAAUCCGCCUUCCUUGAACUUUUUGUCCUGCGGCUGGCGUACAGGUCCAACCCAGUGGAAGGCAAACUUAUUUUUUGUAAUGGAGUGGUGUUACACAGGCUACAGUGCGUCCGUGGAUUUGGAGAGUGGGUGGACGCUAUCGUGGACUUUUCUUCCAACUUGCAGAGCAUGAACAUAGACAUCUCAGCGUUCUCCUGUAUCGCAGCUCUGGCGAUGGUAACAGAGCGACACGGGCUUAAGGAACCCAAGAGAGUCGAGGAUCUCCAAAACAAGAUAGUCAACUGCCUCAAAGAUCAAGUGACAUUCAAUGGCGGUGGAUUGAAUCGUCCCAACUACUUGUCAAAACUCUUGGGAAAGCUCCCUGAACUGCGCACACUAUGUACCCAAGGUCUGCAGCGUAUCUUUUACCUAAAACUAGAAGAUCUAGUCCCUCCGCCAGCAAUAAUUGACAAACUUUUCCUCGACACCCUACCUUUCUGAGUCUGACUCGAUGGCGAGACCUCGAAGAACUUCCAAAAGACUGUUUGUGAGUCAGACUUGACAGAUUUUGAACGUUAUUAUUUCUGAAUAUUUGCAAGCUCCGUAGGCUAAUAGAACAACAGUACCCUAUUAUGAGUAAGGAUUCAUGAAAAAAGAAUAACAGGAGGAAUAGACAGAGUGUGAUUGCUGUGUAGGCCUUUUAAUACUUUGAUUGCCAAACGAGUGAAUCAUCACGGGGAAUUUCUCUCCGGUGGACAAAUUGUCAACAAAGUCAAUCCGGUUUUACAAUCACUUACUGUUAUUUAACAUCGGCUCUACUGAUUCAGCAUACUCAUAUGUAAUAUAUUCCAUUUAUAUAUAUGAACACACAUAACACACACACAGAGACACACACACACACACACACACACACACACACACACACACAAACACACACUGUAUAUUAUGAUAGAUUAUGUGAUGCCUCCAAUGCAUCGGUUUAUAACAUGUGUACAAAGUUUGUUAUAAUGAAAAGAUUUAAUUUUCUUUUCUUUUCUGACUCGUGCCUAUGUGUUUCUGACAGGAUCCCAAAAAGUAUCCAGAAAAGACAACGCAUGUUCUAGUUUUCUUUUCUUGUUUCCCCCUUUUUCUUUUCUUUUAUAGGCACUUGCUGAGGUGAUGUCUAUAUAUAAUAUAUACCGGACACUAUGUAGUCUGCUAGAUUUGAUACAGAUUCGUAGUUAUGGCACUCCUUUUAUGUAUGACGCAUAUGUGGAAAAAUAUCUCAUCUGUAUAGAAAAUGAGGGACCCAUGGUGUUUGUAAAACUGUCAGACAUUCCUUGUUUGUAUGUGCUGUAAGUAUUGUUGCUGUUGAAUAUAAACGUUUCUAUAUAUUUAUUUCUAUUGCCAAGAGCUACACUAAGCAUGGUGCAAUUUAAACGAUUUCAAACCAUCCAAGUUCAUGCUGAGCACGUUGUCUAUGUUUUAUGUCUUAUAAACGUCUAAGUAGUUAUAAUUUAACACGUUUUGGAAAUGGAAAAACUCCCAUCUUAUAUCAAGAGGUUCAUGAGUGUGUGAUAUAGGCACACAUCUUUGACAUCAUGAUGUACUUACAACUUCUGUAACGCAUUUGGUGCCGAAUUAAAAAAAAA